CACUUAUCAACGGCCACGGCCUCUUGAUUGAUGGCGUCCAGGACGAACAGCGUGGCAGCCCGCCGAUGCGAUUUCGGCCCUGGAUCUGCCGGAUCGGGAGCCGGCCUCGAAUCGAUUGCCCCUCCUUUCGCAUCGAUCCUUCUUGGUGAUUCCAAUUCGCGAUGGUGACAUUGGUGCCAUUUCUGCGGCUUACUUCUGAAUAUCCAUCUCCGACUUUGCGGAGCUUCCAUCCCACCCUUUCAAGCUUGCGUGUCCCUGUAUAAAGAAUCCUGCCCCUCCCUCCCAUCCGUCAGGCUCCCUGCCAGCGCCAAUUCCCCUCUCUUACCGUCAUAUCAAACCCCAGCGCCAGCCUCAAACGUCGAAGCUCAGUCUUCCCAGCCAAUCCCCCUCAAGAUGGCAUCUAACCCUCCGGGCUCGUGCUGCUACAAAGGCGUCAAGCACGAAGGCACUCCUACCGGCGAGUUCUCUCAGCUGGGCGAUUUUGAGAUCUACACAAAGUACCCUGAGAGCAAGAGUACCGAGAUUGGCAUCCUUGUCAUCACCGAUGUGAUCGGCCACCGCUUCAACAACGCCCAGUUGAUCGCGGACCAGCUGGCCGCCAACGGCUACUUCGUCAUGAUGCCCGACCUGUUCGACAAGGACCCCAUCCCCCUCAACCGGCCCGGCGAUUUCGACAUUAUGAAGUGGUUGAAGGGCGAAUAUCACCCCAAGAAGACGGCUCACUUGCCGCCCACCGUGGACCCCAUCAUUGACGCAUGCAUUGUCGAGAUGAGGACAAAGUAUGGAUGCAAGAAAAUUGGCGCCGUGGGCUACUGCUUCGGCGCGAAGUACGUUGUCCGCCACCUCCGCCCGGACUCCGGGAAGUUCGACGCGGGCUACUGCGCCCACCCGUCCUUCGUCGAGGCCGACGAGCUGCGCGACAUGAAGGGCCCUCUGGCCAUCGCCGCCGCCGAGACCGACCACAUCUUCCCCCCCGAGAAACGCCACGAGAGCGAGGUCAUCCUCAAGGAGACGGGCCUGCCGUACCAGAUCAACCUGUACAGCGGCGUGGAGCACGGGUUUGCCGUAAGAGGAGACCUGAACAACAGGGUGCAUGUGUACGCCAAGGAAAACGCGUUUGUCUUCGCGAUCCAGUGGUUCGAGGAGCACUUGAAGGGUGGAAAGUAAGUCGACACCUUCACCUUUGCUUGGGUGAGCAUGGAGGGGAGAGAGCUUGCGGCCCGUCGGUCGCGGCGGGCCAUUGCUGCGGGUGAGGUAGACUGCGCAUGAUUUGUGCAAUGCAAUGUGGCAGACACCAGUGCGUGGUGGGUGAGUGUGAUGGCUACAUUGCGUUUUACAUUCGCACUGGCACUUGCACUGGCACUUGCACUGGCACUUGCAC